CCGGAAGUCAAAUACCGCAAGUAACUUCCGGUUUUCAAUCUACAUUUCACAUUUCAAGGGCACCAUGGCUCAAAAAUUGGUCAAAUUUGGCAGUCGUUUAGCCACCGAAGUUGCACCAAAAGCAAUCAGAGUUACAUCUGAAUUUGCUAAGGUACGAGGUGGAAGAUUCUGGCACUAUGCCAAAGUAGAACUAAGACCACCAAUGUUGACAGAAUUUCCAGUCAUUCAAGAAAGUAUAAAUAACAUAAUCAGAGGAGCAAAGACAAAGAAAUUCCUCACAAUGCCCGUCAGAGAAGUAUGGUUGAACACAUUGGUAUGUUUGGAAAUCUUGUUCCUUUUCUUCAUUGGAGAAAUCCUGGGUAAAGGAUGUAUAAUUGGAUACUAUAUACCAGGUGCCUGGACAGUACAUGGUGAAGAUCAGCGUAAAAAGCAUUAGUAAUUUCACCAAUUUUGAAACAUUUGUUAUGUUUGACUGAUUUCUAAACAUGUACAGUAGAUUGAAAAAAUUAAAACGUGAGAAUUUG